AAAAUGUGGGAUGAAUCUUAUCAGAGACUUAAAGAAGAGAGAGAUGAAAUCAAAAGAGAGAUUGAGGGAAUAAAAAGAGAGAAAGAAGAUCUUCAGGUCAAACAUGAAGUAGGAAUAGAAAAGAUGAAGAUGAUGAUGGAGGAAGAAAGACAGAAUCAUGACAUAGAGAGGAGGAAGAGAGAAGAAGAAAUCAGAGUGAAUGAAGAACAAUACAAAAGAGAAAUUAAAAUAGAACAAGAGAAAUGGGAGAAAAAGAUACAAGAGGAAAAACAGAGGAGAAGAAGAAUUUGAGAAAAGGAGGGAGAAAGAAAAUAAAAUGUGGGAUGAAUCUUAUCAGAGACUUAAAGAAGAGAGAGAUGAAAUCAAAAGAGAGAUUGAGGGAAUAAAAAGAGAGAAAGAAGAUCUUCAGGUCAAACAUGAAGUAGGAAUAGAAAAGAUGAAGAUGAUCAUGGAGGAAGAAAGACAGAAUCAUGACACAGAGAGGAGGAGAAGAGAGGAAGAAUUGAAUGAAAAAGAAGAACGAUAUAGAAAAGGCAUCAAAGAAAAAGAGGAACAAAUGCAGAAACGUCAGGAGGAAAUGCUAAAACAGAUGCAAGAUGAGAGGAUGAAGUGGGAGGAAGAACAAUGUAAGAUUUAUGAAGACAAAAUUAAGUUAAUAGAACAACAGAAGCAAGAUGAACUAAAGAGAGCAAAACCUUCAAACUAUGAAGAAGACAGAAGAAAAGAAAUGGAGAACAUGAUAAUCUGCUCUCAAACAGCCUCUUCUCUACAGAAAGAAGAAACUCGUCAAAACCAAAAGCUUGGACCAAAACCCAAUGAACAGCUCAAAGAUCUCUAUGAUAAUCUAGAUCUGACAAAAAAACGUCAAGAUAAAAUGAAAACGGCAGACAUUCUUCAAAUCACCAAGUCUUCAUUUCAGUCUCAGGAGCCACUGGAAGAGAAUGAACUGGUAAACUCAUUCCUACAAAAGCUGAUUAACUUGAACUACAGAGCAAGAUACACAGCCAUAAAACACAGAAAGAAAGACAGUGCAAACCCUGAUAUUCACCCAAUGGAUGUUCAGAUGGCCGUGUUUCAUUGUGCCGAUGGUCUCCUGAAGCAGCUGAUAGUGACUAAACUCUCACAGUGUCAGUAUUCACUGCCUCUGCUUGUUCCUGAUCCAUUCACACAACAGAUUGAGUUUCCUCUCUGGACAUUCAGACAAAUCAACAAGAGCUGGAAGAAGAAAGACUCAAAUAAUGAAUUCAUCAGUCAAACUCAACCGGUCUACAAGGCUGAGACUCCAAUGGUGGCUUUCUUCAGGUUUGGUUCAGUGUCUUCCUCUAAGUCUCAGCUGAUAAACGGCCUCAUCAAUGAGAGAAACCACACGUUCUUCCACAGGAAUUGCUCAGGCAGCAGCAGAACCAGAUUACUGAUGGACGGAGUGGUGGAGAUCGCCUGGUACUGCCCUUCUGGGAAAAAGACAGAUUCAUUUGAUGACUGUGUUGCUUUCUGUAAUCUUCAUGGUGAUGCAGCAGCCAAUGAGAAACAAUAUGAGAUUCUGACCAGCAUGGCUUCAGUAAACGUCCUCUUCUUACCAGAUUUUGAAAAGAAGAACCACUACCAGAAUUUGGUGAGAUCACUCUUCAAAUCUCCCCAGCCUCUCAUUUGUCUCCUCAUUGACAAUCACUGUGAUGAAACUGAACGGGGGAAUGGAAAAUUCAUAAUUGGUCUUAUGGACAAAAACCAAUCUGAUUUAUCUAAUCAGAUUAGAGAGACUAUCAAAAUGACUCUGACUGAGCAGAAAAUGACCUUCAGACUUGAAGAUGUGGCCAAACACACAGGGAUCAGAGUAGAUGAGGAGGAUCCAGAGUGUCGGAUAGGGAAAGAGGCAGCGGUCCAGAUCAUGGGAUUACUAAGAGGAAAGGAUCCAUCAACAGUGAAAGAAACAAUCCUGCCCUGUCAGGGGAAACUGUGGCAUGACUGGUGUAAAAUCAACAAAGAGCUGCAUCAUCUAGAAGGAGAAAAUCUAGAGGAAGAUAAAAGUACCAAACUCAAGAACAUGAGAGAAAUAAGAGAAAAGCAAGUGGCCAAAGGACUGAGUGAGUUCAUGAAAACAUUUAUUGAAACAAUGAAAUCACAGAGAGACAAUGAAAAAAACUAUUUCCUCAGAUGGAUGAUGAAACUGUUGGAUGACUACACUUCAGAAAAGCUCUUUGAUCUUCAUAAAGAGUAUGACAAGAAAUGGCAUGAACUCUCAGCACUAAAAAAAAAGCCUGACAAACUAGAUCAACUGCAGCAUGAACAAACAAACCUGGAAAAAAUAUCAGUGCAAAUCAAUAGUACAUGUUUUGGCUUUGAGCACAUCCUGAGAGAGUUUGGUCAGAUCUAUGAAUCGUGUUCAUCUGUGAAGAAGUACAAGAAAAACAAUCUGCAGUUUGACUUCUGUUCUCUCCCGAGUCUUGCAGCAGAGAUGAUGACCUCUGGAUUUCCAAUGGAGCUGAUGGAUGGAGAUGCUGCUCAUAUUCCCCUGACCUGGGUCACUGCUGUUCUAGAUGAACUUGUUAAGAAACUGGGAGACCAGAAAGUCUUUGUACUGUCUGUUUUAGGGACUCAGAGCUCUGGGAAAUCCACCAUGCUGAAUGCCAUGUUUGGACUGCAGUUUGCCGUCAGUGCUGGAAGAUGCACUAAAGGAGCUUUCAUGCAUCUAGUCAAAAUAUCAGAGGAGAUGAAAACUGAGCUGAAGUUUGACUAUAUUUUGGUUGUUGAUACAGAAGGACUUCGUGCACCAGAACUGGCUGGAAGGUCAACAACACAUCGUGACAAUGAAAUGGCCACAUUUUUUGUCGGUCUUGGAAAUAUGACCCUGAUCAACAUCUUUGGAGAAAACCCAUCUGAGAUGCAGGACAUCCUUCAGAUUGUUGUUCAGGCCUUCAUGAGGAUGAAGAACGUCAGACUGAAACCCAGCUGCAUAUUUGUUCAUCAGAAUGUCUCAGAUAUCACAGCUGGAGAGAAAAACAUGGAGGGAAGGAGACGACUGCUGGAGAAACUGGAUGAUAUGACAAAACUCGCUGCUAAAGAGGAAAUCUGUGAUGCAGAAAGAUUCAGUGAUGUGAUUGCGUUUGAUGUACAGAAAGAUGUGAAGUAUUUUGCUCAGCUGUGGGAGGGCAGCCCACCCAUGGCACCACCAAACCCAGACUACUGUGAGAACAUUCAAGAACUGAAGCAAACUAUCCAAACACAUGCUUCAACAUCAGAUGGCAUAAUGCUGACACACCUAAGAGACCGUAUUCAAGAUCUGUGGGAGGCUUUGCUUAAUGAACAAUUUGUGUUCAGCUUCAAAAAUUCCCUGGAAAUCGCAACAUACAAGAAACUAGAGACUGAAUACAGCAAGUGGACAUGGAGCCUUCGGAGUGCCAUGCUGGACAUUGAACACAAGCUUCACAACAAAAUAGAAAAUGAAGCAAUUCAUAGUGUUGAGGAAGCCGAUCUUCAAACAGAACUGAAUGCCAAAAGUGAAGAAGUGAAAAAGACCAUGGCUGUAUUCUUUGAGAAAGACAGAGACGCAACUUUAUUGAGUCAGUGGAAAGGUUUCUUUGAGAUAAAAAUCAAACAGCUUCAAGAAAACAUUGUGAGAGAAACUAAGAGGAAAUUAAAUGGGGUUCUUCAGCAGCGUCACCUGAAGAAAAAGAUGGAUGCUGAGAGGACACAUCAUGAAAACACACUCUUUAAAAAGAGCAAAGAACUUGCUUUAAAAUUCAAAGAACAAGGAAAUGAUGAAAAUUUCAUGAAAACACAGUUUGAUUCUUUUUGGAAACAACAGACAGCUGAGAUCAUCAGAGACACUCCUUCAGUCAAAGAUAUUGAUAUAUUAGGAGAUGUGAAAAACAUCCUCAUUCAGAACUAUAAAAGUCUCCCUUUAGACCGUAUGAAAGAGAGCAGUGAGCAGAAAGAUAUGAUCUAUUUGCCAAGCUAUUCAGAAUAUGUGAAGUUAAAGAAAUCCAGUGGAUAUACAGCACCCUUAAAAAAUAUGUACAAAGGAGCUAAAGAGAUGAUUGGUCUUGUUUUAUCUGAAGAGGAUGAAGUCCAGAUAAGAUCUUUAAUCACAGACAUCGCUGAACAAACUGAUAAAAUGAUUCUGUCAUAUAACAUUUCAAAGAUGGGCUACAGCAACAGCUGCAUUCAACAACUCAUAGAUUACAUAAAGGCAAGAUUAACACAGCAUGAGGAAGGAGCAAAAGUGAAAUAUGUGUUUAAGAGUAAAUUCUUUGUGGAUCUGGUACUUUUCAUAUGUCACAGAACAAACAAGACAUUCACUGAUCAAUACAAAAUGUUCAGGGAAGCCAAUGAUCCUGUUCUUUAUUUUGAGAGAAAGAGAGAAGAGUAUUACAGGAUUUUCCAGAAAUACUGUCAAGGAGCAUCAUCAACUGCUGUUUUUGGUGAAUUUGUUUGUAAUAAACUUAAAGAGCCCAUUCAGCAGAAUAUCUACAAAAAAACUGCCAGAGCUUUAGCAGAUGAAAUGAGAACAAACUGUGAAUCACUAAAUGGGAACCGAUCAAAACUGGAGAAACACAUCUUGAGGAGACUGGCAGAAAAACAUGAUUUCAAAGCUUAUAUGACCUACAUUAAAAACCCCAAAGAACACUUCAAGAAUUUCAUCAGAGAUGAAGUCAGUCAAUACAUCUCUAAAAGAUUUAAAGACAGUGUUCGACCCAAGAUGGAAAACAGCAUUAAACAGCUGCAGCAGAAGAUCACAAACGCAGCACAUGAAUUCACCAAUUUGUUUAAUAUAGGUGCUGAUAUAUGGUUGCGUCAAUUUGCACUCCAACUCUCUGGUGUGCUGGUAUUCUCUCUAAAUAACCUCACUGGAGUGAAUCAUGAUGAUGUUAAUGUCAGCUUCCUAGAAGAUGUGAUUAGAGAAGAACUUCCUUCUAUAAUAUCUGACAUACGCAGUAAAUUCAGCACAGAAACGUUCCCAGUAAAGCUGGAACACACAGACAGACCAGAUGAGCUUCUGAUCGAUCACCUCUGUCAGUGCUGUUGGGUUCAGUGUCCUUUCUGUGGAGCGAUCUGCACAAACACAAUAGAAGACCAUCCUGGAGAUCACAGUGUUCCUUUCCAUCGUAAUAAUGGACUGAAUGGGUGGUUUUACAGAGGAACAAUAAACCUAUCUCUCAGCAUCUGCACAUCAGCAGUAGCCAGUGAUCGAUCUUUCUGUCCAAAUAGCUCAGAUGAUUCAGUCCUCUGGAAGAAAUACAGAAAAGGAGGUCCUAAAUAUUCUGCAUGGAGUAUCACCCCUGAUCUCUCUGAGCUGCCGUACUGGAAGUGGUUUGUGUGUGAAUUCCAGGAAGAUCUGGAAAAGCACUAUGGAAAAACCUAUCAGGGACAAGGCAAGAUUCCAGCUGAAUGGAGAAGAUACUCUCAAGAUGAAGCUAUUGAGAGUCUGGAUAAAUACAUUUAAUGAAACAAUUAACAAGGACUCUGAUACACAAUACUCAGCUGAAAUGAGAUU